GCCCCCGUUCCUGCUGCCCCCUCCCCUGUCGCUGGCGGGGAGUGUUUCUCGCUCCUCCCGGUUGCUGCUGCCGUCGCCGCCGCUCCUCCUCUCCCAGUCUUGGGUUUCCCUGGCGCUACUGCCGCCACUGCCUCUGCGGUCUGUAUGAGGAGGAGGAGGAUGUGAAGAUGGCGGAGCUGCAGAUGCUGCUGGAGGAGGAAAUCCCGGGGGGCCGCCGGGCCCUCUUCGACAGUUACACGAAUCUGGAACGGGUGGCCGAUUACUGCGAGAACAACUACAUCCAGUCAGCAGAUAAGCAGCGAGCCCUAGAAGAAACCAAAGCCUACACCACCCAGUCCUUAGCAAGUGUUGCCUAUCUGAUAAAUACCUUGGCCAACAAUGUCCUGCAGAUGCUGGAUAUCCAGGCGUCCCAACUUCGAAGGAUGGAGUCUUCAAUCAAUCAUAUUUCACAAACCGUUGAUAUUCAUAAAGAGAAAGUUGCAAGAAGAGAAAUUGGUAUUUUGACUACCAAUAAAAACACUUCAAGGACACAUAAGAUUAUUGCUCCAGCCAACCUUGAACGACCAGUUCGUUAUAUUAGAAAACCUAUUGACUAUACAAUUCUAGAUGAUAUUGGACAUGGAGUAAAGGUGAGUACCCAGAACAUGAAGAUGGGUGGGCUCCCGCGUACAACACCUCCAACUCAGAAACCCCCCAGUCCCCCUAUGUCAGGGAAAGGGACACUUGGGCGGCACUCCCCCUAUCGCACACUGGAGCCAGUGCGCCCUCCAGUGGUACCAAAUGAUUACGUACCUAGCCCAGCCCGUACUAUGGCUCCCUCGCAGCAGAGCCCUGUGAGGACAGCUUCUGUGAAUCAAAGAAAUCGAACUUACAGCAGCAGCGGGAGUAGCGGAGGAAGCCACCCUAGUAGUCGGAGCAGCAGUCGGGAGAACAGUGGAAGUGGGAGUGUGGGAGUCCCCAUUGCUGUUCCUACACCUUCUCCUCCCAGUGUCUUUCCAGGUCAUCCUGUUCAGUUCUACAGCAUGAAUAGACCUGCCACUCGCCAUACUCCCCCAACAAUAGGGGGCUCUUUGCCCUAUAGGCGCCCUCCUUCCAUAACUUCACAAACAAGCCUUCAGAAUCAGAUGAACGGAGGACCUUUUUAUAGCCAGAACCCAGUAUCUCUUGCUCCUCCUCCCUCCAUCCUACAGGUAACUCCUCAGUUACCUUUAAUGGGAUUUGUGGCCAGAGUCCAAGAAAAUAUUUCAGAUGCACCACCUCCACCACCACCUGUGGAAGAACCAGUCUUUGAUGAGUCGCCACCACCACCUCCUCCUCCAGAAGAUUACGAAGAGGAAGAGGCAGCCGUGGUUGAGUAUAGUGAUCCUUAUGCUGAAGAGGACCCACCGUGGGCUCCAAGGUCUUACUUGGAAAAGGUUGUGGCAAUUUAUGAUUAUACAAAAGACAAGGAAGAUGAGCUGUCCUUUCAGGAAGGAGCCAUUAUUUAUGUCAUCAAGAAGAAUGACGAUGUGCCCACAGCUCACACCUACAGAAGCCCAGAAGACAAUUGUGCAAAAGGAGUUGGUGGUGGUCAGCUUGCCUGUUGGACCCCUGCUGGAUUGGGGAACCGAGAAGACGUCAGUGAAGUCCUUCAGACUAGAAGACCUGCCGCAGAGGGAUCCAUGGUGGAGACAGCAUGGCAUGUCCUGAAGGCCACCUCUCCCUUUGAAAAGUGUUUGAUGGAGGAACUGGCAGGUGGUUGCUACGUCUUGGAAAAGAAUGGGGAUCUGCAUCACUUCCCAUCUGUUCACUUCUGAACUUCUUUGGCCAGGAACUCCUGAUCAGUGUUAAGGUGAUGAUUUCCCUCACAUGAUUUACUUAGAGUCAUAGAAUUUUAGAGCUAGAUGAGAUUUCAGAAAUUUUAGUUCAAUACCAUUUUACUGAUGAGGUUUAGAUGUUUCCUUUUCAAAUAACAGCUAGUUAACAAAGGCAGAAUUCCUGACUCAGCGCCUGGUACUCUUUCUACAACUGUCUUAAUUGUGUUGUAUGUUUCUUUUAAAGUUCUACUGGAUGUCUUAAGGAAGAUACUUGAAAAGAUAUGCUAUGUCUCCAUAAAUACCAUUCAGAGUGUUUCUAAAGGAGUGUAUUGAGUGUAGCCUUAAUUAGUGAAAGUAAUCUUCAUUUUAACCCUUUUAUAACUACACUCAGUACAAAUGGUCUUUUCCAUAAGGUGUAUGUAGCUAAAGUGUUACAGUGUCUGGGCACUGGAAAGAGCACAGCACAGCCUUACUUGAGAGAGCCUUAGAAAACACUUCUAAAACAGGCAUUGCGCUCAUUACCUUAUGUUUAUUUUAUGCUGAUCUUUGUUCCUGUUUCUUGAGAAUCUCAUAAUUCAAAAAAAGAAGAAAAUUGACAAAUGACAGGGCCUAGCUGUGUAUAAAUGAUCCUUGCUAAAUAUCUUGAGGUUUUUUGUAAAAAAAUCAAACAAAAGACAAAAAGCUUAUUUUCACAUUAAAAUGGAAACGUCUUUUGCAACUUCAGAAUUCUAUGGAAACGCAGUUUUUAUCAUAUUUGUGUCCAUGCAUCUUUUUCUUAACAAGAUGGUUUACAAAAAAGAAUGUAAACAAUUUGUGAUCUGGUCAGUUAUACUUUUAGCUCCCGGAGGGAGGGUUGGUGUUAUGAGUUGAGUAAAAACCCAUGUAGGAAAAUUUGAGGGAGCAGUCUGUUGCCAGUAACGUUUCUUGUGUGUGCCAUUAAACCACCUCCAGAUGAGUUGCGGGAACAUUCACUUUUUAAUUUUGAAAUUGUAUUUCGAAUUAAUUGUUGCUGUGUACUAAGAACUUGGCCUAAAUAAAAUCCUACAAAGUAUA